GUACACCACUGACACCCCCAGACCUGUGUCCAAGUAUACCACGUCCAAUGCCACCCCUCUGUCCAAGUAUACCACGUCCACCGCCACCCCUCUGUCCAAGUAUACCGCGUCCACCGCCACCCCUCUGUCCAAGUAUACCACGUCCACCGCCACCCCCCUCUGUUCAAGUAUACCACGUCCACCGCCACCCCUCUGUCCAAGUAUACCACGUCCACCACCACCCCUCUGUCCAAGUAUACCACGUCCACCGCCACCCAUCUGUCCAAGUAUACCACGUCCACCACCCCCCCCCCUGUCCAAGUAUACCACGUCCACCGCCCCCCUCUGUCCAAGUAUACCACGUCCACCGCCACCCCACUGUCCAAGUAUACCCGUCCACCGCCCCCCCUCUUUCCAAGUAUACCACGUCCACCGCCACCCUUCUGUCCAAGUAUACCACGUCCCACCGCCCCCCUCUUUCCAAAGUAUACCGCGUCCACCGCCACCCCUCUGUCCAAGUAUACCGCGUCCACUGCCACCCCUUUGUCCAAGUAUAGCGCGUCCACAGCCACCCCUCUGUCCAAGUAUACCACGUCCACCGCCACCCCUCUGUCCAAGUAUACCACGUCCAACGCCAAACCUCUGUCCAAGUAUACCACGUCCACCGCCACCCUCUGUCCAAGUAUACCAUGUCCACACCCCACUCCUCUGUCCAAGUAUACCACGUCCACCGCCACCCCUCUGUCCCAAGUAUACCACGUCCACCACCACCCCUCUGUCCAAGUGUACCACAUUCACCACCACCCCUCUGUCCAAGUAUACCACGUCCACCACCACCCCUCUGUCCAAGUAUACCACGUCCACCGCCACCCCUCUGUCCAAGUAUACCACGUCCACCACCACCCUCUGUCCAAGUGUACCACGUCCACGCCACCCCUCUGUCCAAGUAUACCACGACCACCGCCACCCCUCUGUCCAAGUAUACC